AAAAUCACACAUAUAAAUAGAAAGAAAGAAGAAGAGAGAGAGAGAGAGAAAGAGAAUAGGCUGACUUCCUAAUGUAUGCCAAAAUAUAAACUAUUUGGUCAAAAUACAGUAUUUCGCAUUUUAUUGGCUAAAAUAUGUAUAAGCACCUUUUUUCCCUCUCUUUUUUUCUUUUAUGGACCGUCUUCUUUCUCAAUUCCAAUUUGAACGUGUACUCUCAAACGACCCACGUACCAAACAUAUUUAUAUUUUGGGCCAUGUCGAUAACCAACACUGCAUUCUAUCUUUUGAAAAGACACCGUUUGAAGACAACCAAGUAAAUAAACUGCCUCAAACAUUGGUUGACAUUGAUCAGCAUGUCGAAAACCACAUUUAUAGUUGGGGAAUAGGUCAACUGCUCAAAAGUGAUUUACACAUCAAGUCAAUUUACCCAGCAACAGAUCUUCAUAUUGCCAAAUACGAAGCACAGACUCGUGUCAUGAUUGUUGAGACUCCCACAGACUAUGAGAGGAUCACGUUACCUUACAUCAAAGAUAUCCCUCCUAGUCGAACUCAGUGGGUCAAAAACAUCUUGGAGGGUAAAUCCGAGGCUGAUCGAGUCAUUUAUCAGAACAAGGAUCCACAGACAGGAUUUAUCAUUCUGCCGGAUAUGAAAUGGGAUGGAAGUCAAGAGAACUUGUAUUGGGUGGCAAUUGCCCAGGCAGACAUUUUAUCCCUAAGAUCACUCACGAGAGACCAUCUGCCACUGCUGAAAAAGAUACGUCAAGUAAGCUAUGAACUGAUCAAAGAAAAGGCUCAGUUAGAGGCAAACCAAGUACGUCUGUUUGUGCACUAUCAACCCUCUUAUUAUCACUUUCACGUACAUAUUACUGCCAUCACGUUUAUAGAUGCACCAGGGAUUAUGAGCGGACAAGCUCACUUGUUAGAUACGAUUAUUGAUAAUUUAGAACAUUAUCCCCAGUAUUAUCAGUUGGCUUCGAUACCCUUUCUGAUAGGAGAAAAUCAUCCAUUGACUGAAAAGUACAAACAUCGGCAUUAAAAUUUAUGUGUAAUAAAAAAUAAAAUACUCCCUUUUCUCUUUUUCUCUCUUUUUCUUCUUUAAAAAAAGAGAGAGAGAGAUGAACCAACAGAAUCCAAUGUUAAUCAAAAACUCAAAGGAUAUUAUUCAAGUAUUAAUCAUCAUAUUUAUCGAUUAUUUAUAUCGGUUAUUCAUUCUGGCGCCAAUUUCAACUAUUAAAAACUAUUCAAAGCAUCCUAUCUCGAUGACACUCUUAUUCCUAUUCUUAUUCCCAUUCUAU